AUGUCAUCCACCAUUCCCCGGCCUCCGGGAUACCCAAUAGUGGGCAAUCUUUUCGAUGUCGAUCCGACCAACUCCAUCAAGAGUCUAGACGACCUUGCCGAUAAAUAUGGCGAGAUUUAUAGCCUGAAGUUCUUCGGGAACGAAGCCUACUUCAUUUCAUCAGUCGAUCUCGUUGAAGAAGUAUGCGAUGAGACCCGGUUCGAGAAGAAGGUUGAAGAGACUCUCGUUGAGGUCAGAAAUGGCGUCCACGAUGGCCUGUUCACCGCGCACAACGAUGAACCAAACUGGGGUAUAGCCCAUCGCAUGUUGAUGCCCGCGUUUGGUCCCAUCUCCAUCAAGGACAUUUUCAACGAAAUGCACGAUAUAGCCAGCCAGCUAGUGUCAAAGUGGGCGAGGAUUGAUCAUGAUACACCCAUCCAGAUCACCGACGACACUACUCGCCUUGCUUUCGAUACCGUCGCACUCUGCGCUGCGGGGAUGCGCAUCAACUCCUUCUAUCGUGAAGACAUGCACCCUUUCAUUGACGCCAUGGCGGACUUUCUCACCGAAUCUGGUCUGAGGAGCGAUAGGACCGCCGUCGAGACACUACUAAACCCAGGUCUCGAGAAAAAGUAUCGACGAGAUAUCGAACUUCUGAGAUCGACAGCGCAGGAGUGCAUCGAUAAUCGACGGGCGAACCCCACGGACAAGAAAGACUUGUUGAACGCCAUGUUAUACGGUAAAGAUCCCAAGACUGGACAGCAACUCACAGAGGAGUGUGUCAUAGAUAAUAUGAUCACUUUCCUCAUUGCUGGACACGAGACUACUUCUGGACUUCUAUCGUUCACGAUAUACAACCUUCUCAAGAACCCGGAAGCUCUACAGAAAGCACAGCAGGAGGUCGACACAGUGGUUGGAAGUGGUCCAAUCCAAUUCCAGCACAUGUCAAAGCUGCCAUACAUUGAAGCAGUAUUGCGGGAGACCCUUCGUCUUACUCCGACAGUGCCUUCCAUUGCGGUCACACCGAAACGCGGCACGAAAGAAUCUGUGAUCUUAAAGGGCAAAUAUGUCAUCCCUGCUGACGCUACUAUCUACUGCCAGUUCACCAAGAGCCAGAAGGACCCAAGCGUCUUCGGGGAGGAUGCCACGGAAUACAAGCCGGAACGCAUGCUGGAUGAGAAGUUCCGACGGUUGCGACAUGGGGCUUGGAAGGCAAGUGAACCUUUCGGAAACGGGGCAAGGGCCUGCAUUGGACGCCCGUUCGCCUGGCAGGAGGCCAUUCUCGCCAUGACCAUGAUCCUGCAAAACUUCAACUUGCGAUUCACUGAUCCUAGCUAUCAACUGCGUAUCCACGAGACUCUUACGCAGAAACCGUUAGGACUCCAAAUCAAGGCCAGUCUGAGGGCAGGAAUUGAUCCUGUUAAGCUCCCGCAGAAGCUGCAUUCGGGCGCGCCUGUAAAUGGAGACGUAGUACAUGCACCCAGUGCAGCAUCAACGACGAAUGGCGAUGGAAAGCCCAUCACGAUCCUAUUCGGUUCGUCUGCCGGCACAUGCGAAGGUCUCGCUCAUACGCUCGGCUCUGCUGCUCGAGGACGAGGAUUCAAGCCCGAUAUCCGGACGCUGGAUGAAGCGGUGGACAACUUCCCCACCGACCACCCUGUCGUGAUCAUUGCGUCUUCGUACGAAGGUCUACCUCCCGAUAACGCCAAGAUCUUCAUGGAAUGGUUGAAGUCCACCAACUCGGACUUGUCCAAGGCCAGCUUCGCGGUCUUUGGUUGCGGCCACCGAGAUUGGGUUUCCACCUAUCAAAAAGUCCCAGCCACGAUCGAGGAGCUUCUUGUCAAGAAGGGCGCCACGCUCUUUGCACCUCGCGGCGAGACUGAUGUAUCUAAAGGCGCCAUCUUCGAUGACUUCGAUGCGUGGAUGGACGUCCUAGCCGACAAGCUCUCUGCAGGUAACGAGGAGGCCUCGUCGCCUUUAUCCGCAAGCUUCAAUGUCCAGGUAUCGACCAACGCUCGAUCUGGUCAUCUCCGCUACAACCACAUGCACCAUUCCAAGGUUGUUAGCAAUGAGCGAAUUGCAGGGACGGAUGCCCCGGAGAAGAGGACACCGGAGAAGAGGCAUCUGGUCCUCCAACUACCGACCGAUAUGCGCUAUGAAGCUGGGGAUUAUCUGGCCGUGUUACCAGUCAAUCAUACUCACACCAUAUCGAGGGUAUUACGCCGCUUCUCCUUGCCUUGGGACGCUGCCAUGACGAUCACAGAUGGGACGCAUGCCACCAUCCCGGCCAACACAGAGCUAUCCGUAGCAGCAGUCCUCGCCUCAUACGUCGAGCUAAGCAUGCCGGCGACUCGCAGAAACAAGGAGAUUCUCUCCAAAUGCACAGAGAACAGGUUGGAAGACGAGAGCAUGAGUGGCUCAGUCAUCGAUAUUCUGGAGAGAUAUCCGGAGAUAAAGCUUCCUUUCCCAACAUUCCUGGCGAUGCUACCGGCGUUACGACUCCGCCAAUAUAGCAUAUCCUCGUCAUCCCUGGCAGACCCCUCCACGGCCAGUAUCACCUUUAGCGUGCUGGAGACAGAGAAGCAUCUUGGCGCGGCAACGACCUAUCUCAAAGAUCUGGAACCCGGCUCAACAAUUCAGAUCGCGGUCAAGCAGUGCUCGAAUGCGUUCCGUCUACCCCUGGACGACACUAUCCCCCUAAUCAUGGCCUGCGCGGGUUCAGGAGUCGCCCCCUUCCGUGGCUUCGUCCAAGAACGAGCUGCGAAGAAAGCGUCCGGAAAGGAGGUGGGCGAAGCUGUGCUCUUCGUCGGAUGUCGCGGCGAAAGCGAUAUGGUCUUCGCUAAAGAAUUCGCUGAAUGGGAAGCCCAAGGAGUCGUCAAAGUCUUCCCCGCGUACAGUCGACAGUCUGAGCUCACGAAAGGCUGCAAGUACGUUCAAGAUCGACUGUGGUCGGAGAGAGAGCUCGUUUCUCGCCUUUUCGACCAGCAAGGUGCUAGGGCGUAUGUCUGUGGGAGCAGCAAGAUCGGACAGGGGAUCUCAGAGGCAGUGGCCAAGAUCGUCUGCGAGCAGGGUGAGAAGGAUGGGGAGCCAACGACCUACGAAGAAGCGUUAAAAUGGUGGCAGGAUCUCAGGGGGGAUCGAUACGCCGUGGACGUCUUCGAUUAA